AUCAAUAUUUAAUGCCCGGAGAUUCUAGCUCUGCAGGAGUCAUGUCAGGGGACCUCUCGAGCCAAUCUGCUUGGGUUGAGGAGUGAUAAUUAUUCAUGGGCUCCUGCCUCUUGCUCCUUCUUUUGCACAGCCCCACUCUGCUGACUCAGUGCCUUAGUCUUCUCUCUCUCCCUCUCUGCCUCUCCACUGCUGUAGCUGGACCUCUUUGCCUUCACAACCUCUGAGCAUCUCUACACCCACGAUGGCUAAAACUGCAAUGGCCUACAAGGAAAAGAUGAAGGAGCUGUCCAUGCUGUCUUUGAUCUGUUCCUGUUUCUACCCGGAACCUCGCAACAUCAAUAUAUACACAUAUGAUGAUAUGGAAGUUAAACAGAUCAACAAACGUGCCUCUGGCCAAGCUUUCGAACUGAUCUUAAAGCCACCUUCUCCAGUCUCAGAAGCUCCACGAACUUUAGCCUCUCCAAAGAAGAAAGAUCUGUCCCUUGAGGAGAUCCAGAAAAAGCUGGAAGCUGCAGAGGAAAGGAGAAAGUCCCAGGAGGCCCAGGUGCUGAAGCAACUGGCAGAAAAGAGAGAACAUGAACGAGAAGUCCUUCUGAAGGCUAUGGAGGAGAACAACAACUUCAGCAAAAUGGCAGAGGAAAAACUGAUACUGAAAAUGGAACAGAUCAAAGAAAACCGUGAAGCUAACCUAGCUGCUCUUGUUGAACGCCUUCAGGAGAAGGAGAGGCAUGCUGCAGAGGUCCGCAGAAACAAGGAGCUCCAGGUGGAACUGUCUGGCUGAGCCCAACAGUGGAGAGGGUGAAAUAACUCCCCAUCCAACUCCCCUGCCGAUAUUAUUACAGAUCAUGAGAUAUUAGUAUGGGAAAUGUAUGACAUGGUUUAAAUCAAAAGAAAAGAAACAAGAACUCAAUAAAAACAAAACAAAAAAACAAAACAAACAAAAGAUAAAACAAUGCAGUCUUUGCAGAAUGAUUUGCUUGAUGUUUAAAAAAUAAAACUUGGAUCUUAUUUUGUAAAUACUUACAUUUUUGUUAAAAAAUACAAGUAUUGCAUUAUGCAAGUUAUUUCAUAAUCUUUACAUGUCCUGUAACAGGCUUUUGAUGUUGUCUACUUCCAUUCAGUUUGACUUUGUUAGGACUUUACUAUGAAGUUCCCUGCAGCAAAAUCCAUGCCGAGCUAUACUCAUUCCAACUGAACAAGCAAGUCAGUAGAACGUCUAUGGUGCUAGAGUCCAGUCAUGGCCUGAUUACCUAGAAAGGUUUGCAAUCAAUACACUUCCCUAAGACAAUAAGAAAAUUAUGGGCAUUGUGACUUGACAGAGCAGUUCUGACAAUAUCCCCUUAGAACAUUAAGCAAUCAAAAUUGAUUGACAACCU